CUCCUCUAUCUAUAUAAACGUCCCCAUUCACCCACCUCCUCCCUCCAGUUCACAUCCACCUCAUACUUUCUCUUGCAACAAGUCAGUAAAGAUUCCGUUUGGAGCUCCGGUCCGUUGUAAACCCAACCCGAUGGGUCUGGAUGUAGGAGAGAUCGGCAUGGGCGCAGAUUUGAGCCUGGAUUUGAAGAUGUUCGCGGCCAAGAGCCUGGGGCGGGCCAGGGAAGCGCCGGCGGCCGCCAUGGACGACUGUAUCCGGAGGCUGGAGGAGGAGAAGAGCAAGAUCGAGGUGUUCCGGCGCGAGCUCCCCCUCUGCGCACGCCUCCUCGCUGACGUGAUUGAUGUGAUGAAGAAGGAGGUGGAGGAGAAGAAGAGAGGUGGCGACCGAGGAGAGAACAAGGAGGACGCCGGCGCAGGCGACAAGAGCAACUGGAUGAGCACCGCGCAGCUCUGGACCGGCGAUUCCGUCCGAGGGGACGAUGCUUCCGAGAAGCAGGAUGAGAGGAGGAGGUCCUCGGAGCCGGAAUCUCAUGACGGCGCUGUCUUGCCGUUCAAGGCCGUGGGCUCCGGUGCCCCGGCGUUCGCGCCGCCGAGUUUGAGGAAGGACGACAAGGCUGUUCGGAUGCCGGAUCUGCCGUUUCUGUCGCCGGCACCGAUCAAGACCUCUCUGGCUGCUGCUACCGGCGGCGCUGAAGAAAGCCGCCGUCAGCUUGUGGGAUUCGCGCAAGAAGCGGCGAGGGCUGCGGCCGCCCUGGCGCCGGCUGCCCCUUCCAUGAGCCUCCAGGCUCAGUCGCAACAGACAGCACAACAGCAGCAGCAAGCGAGGAAGGCGCGGCGGUGCUGGUCGCCGGAGCUGCACCGCCAGUUCGUCACUGCCCUGCACCAACUCGGUGGGCCCCAAGUUGCUACUCCAAAGCAAAUCAGGGAGUUGAUGAAGGUGGAUGGCCUGACCAAUGAUGAAGUGAAGAGCCAUCUCCAGAAAUACCGUCUGCACAACCGAAGGGCGCCAGGAUCUCCGGUAGCCAACCGGCCGAUCGUGCUCAUGGGAGGGCUCUGGAUAACUCAGGAGCAAAGCAGCUCCCAGUCAGGGGGGUCACCUCCGGGCCCCCUACACUUGUCAAGCUCAGGCGUAGCUGCCUCAUCGGUGACGGUCAGCGGCGAGGAAGAAGAUGGCAGAUCCGAGAGCUAUGGCUGGAAAUGAUCAACAAGUUAUAUUAGUUUUUGUUCAGAGUUUCCGGGUCGAUUCCUCGGGCGAUAUCUUGAGAGAUUCCUGAGACAGGAUUGUAGUGUAGUCUUUUUUGUUGUAUGCAGGGAGAUCAAGCCUUGAGUGCUUUGAGAUGAAACUCUGGCUGUUAUUAUGUAAGUACAUCGGAAAGAGGUUAUACUAGUUACAAUUUUGCGGA